UUUCGGAGCAACAUGGUUUAAGGUUAUUGACGUUUGUGAGUUGGUGUUAUAAAUGCGUUCUUAACUCAGUUUGCAACUAUUUGGACGUAGUGAUGAUAACAAAGCUGUUGAAUCUCUCCAAAUCAAGAGAGAUAAUGCCAUGGAGUUUCCUGGAAUUGCACAUUUCGACCCCAACGUAGCAUCGGCGUCAGAAGAGAUAUUAUUGUAUUCAGAGGGCAACGUCCAGUACCCAGUAGUCCAAGCAGAGGGCUACGACAUUCCUGCGCCACAGUAUGUCCCAGCUGAUGAUCAAUAUAAUGUCUACACAAAUGCAGAAUUCCAUGAAACUCAUUCUAUCUUGGCCGAUGGGGGUGACCGCUUUGGAGUGUCAGCUAUUGCCUUUGAUCACCAGGAAGAAUUACUAUGGAUGGGAAAUCAGGGAGGACAUGUUACCUCGUACUAUGGUCCAGGGAUGCAGAAGUACACAUCAUUUCAAGUACAUGCUAACCAAGAGGUACGGCACAUUCAUACAUUUGAUGAGGGUAUCCUAGCAUUAACUACAACCAGUCUUCGUUGCCAGAUUAGGAGAGGCAUUCCUGUAUUUACUUACAGCUCUGUCCACAUGGAAGACAUGCAGUGUCAAUUACAAUUGUCCCAAGACACAGUGCUUAUGGGUGGCCAUCAAGAAAAAAUUAUUGAAUUCAAUCUACCUCGGCGACAAGAAACUAAACUGCAUCAAGUUGGGAAAAAUGGCUGUGCUAUACUGCGCCAGUCAGGUCGCUUUAUAUGUGCUGGUGAUCCUUCGGGUCGAAUCGAUCUUCGUGAUCCAAACACACUGAGUGUGGAGCACUCACUUGAUGCACAUUCUGGUAGUCUCUCUGAUUUUGAUGUUCAUGGAAAUCUACUUGUCACAUGUGGAUUUUCAAACCGGCAAUGUGGUUUGUCAGUGGAUCGCUUCUUAAUGGUCUACGAUCUGCGGAUGUUGAGAGCACUUGCACCAUUACCUGUUGUGGUGGAUCCUUUGUUGUUAAGAUUUUUGCCAUCGUUCUCGUCUAGAUUGGCAACUGUAUCAGCUCUGGGUCAGCUACAACUCCUUGACACAGUAGCAUUGGAUUCUUCAGGACUCAGCCUUUAUCAGGUUGACACGGCAGGCUCAAUGUGCCUGGCGUUUGAUGUAUCUUCAUCCUGCCAGUGUGUUGCAUUGGGGGAUGCAGGUGGAUCCAUCCAUUUAUUAGUCUCUGGUCCUGUGAGUGCUACUUCCACUGCUCCAGUUUUCAACACCUUCUCCCGUGAGACUGAGUUUGCUGAUCCUGUCGACCCUCUCCCACCAAUCGGCUUUACAGAUGAUGCUCCACCAUUGUCAACUGUUCCUUUACCAUAUACACAACCAGGCACAAGUCUUCUCUCUGAUUGGCCACCACAGUUCUUGCAAAAAGUGUACAGGCGAACACCACCAAUCAACCCUGAAAUAUUGCGGACAAUGAAGAUGCAGGGGACCAUCGGCUAUGCUCCUAAUCCGAUGAGCAGUCGAAGAAAUCAAGUUGCAUACAAAGCAGAAAGAACUAGUGGACAAGUGCAACGCAAGCUUUUCUCGGACUCGAGACCUGGUGCUGGUGAAGUGGGAUUUAUUGCAAUUCCGAAACGUUAUCGUAAGACUGAUGUACGAUACUCACGGAUGGGAGCAAGUGACUUCAAUUUUGAACAGUACAAUGGUACUGGCUUAUGUGGACUUGAAGCAACAUUAGCAAAUUCAUAUUGCAAUGCUAUGAUACAGGUUUUGUACUACACUGAGAGUGUUCACAAUCUCCUGCUUUCACACUUAUGCUGCAAGGAAUUCUGCCUUUCAUGUGAGCUUGGAUUCCUCUUUCAUAUGCUGGAUAAUUCUCAAGGACUUCCAUGUCAGUCCAACAACUUCCUCCGUGCUUUUCGGACUGUGCCUGAAGCUUCUGCUCUUGGAUUAAUUCUCUCUGACCGGAAUCCGGAGGCUCGUAGAAGGGCUAACCUCAUUAGUCUUAUACAGAACUGGAACCAGUUUAUACUCCACCAGAUGCACAGUGAGCUUCUGGAGACACGGCGGCGUCAGGAGGAAGCUGAAAAUUCACGUCAGCCUGAUUUUGUUUACAAUGAGCUUGACUUCCCAAGCAUACUGGGUAGUGCUCAGUUAAGACUCUCAAAGAAUAGACAUGAUCGCCAACAGGAAGGUGGCACACAGGCUUCAUCAAAGCAGUGCACAACUGAAGAUAUGCAGCCAGAAGAAACUGAAAUCAGCUUGCUCUUUGGAACACGUCAGAUGAACACUCAUAUUUGUAUGACAUGCAAUAGUGAAGUAUCAAAAGAAUCCAUAGUUCUCCUGACAAAUCUCAUCUACCCUCAUAAUUCAUCAGAUAACCAGGCUGAAUACACUUUCUGUGAUGUACUGAUGAGAAGUAUGUUUCCUGAGCAGACAACUCCAGCUUGGUGUGAGCACUGUGGCCGCUAUCGCCAGUCGGUCCGCUCACGAAAGAUAACAGCCCUUCCACAGAUCAUGGCUGUCAAUUGUGGCCUCGAUCAUCCCCAGAAUAAGCAGUUCUGGCAGCAACAGAUUGAGCUGGCAACUGGACAACGGACAUCUUGUAGCUCUGGUGAGACAAAGGAUGGCGAGGCUGCACGGAAGUUGCGCAUGUGCCGUUACGGUACUGGAUGCACAAGACCUUCAUGUCGAUUUUCUCACUCAACAAUGUCAUCACCCCCCGUGACUACAAAGGAUACAACCACGCCUCAUGCAGCAGUCCGACCAUGGUUACCUGCACAUCUGACAGCAAAGUUACGCAAAGAUGGAGAUAUCGACAUGCAGGGUUUUGCAUCUCCUACUACUCAGCUUGAAGAUGAAUAUGAGGAGAUUGUACAAACUGUUAAUUAUGAUCUCACAGCAGUUGUAUGUCACGUAAGUGAAUCUCGACAUCCAGAAAGGAAUAAUCUUGUGGCACUUAUAAAUGUUCCAUCUUCAUACCAUAAAAAAACUACCUCAUCCUGUGACAGUCAGUGGUACAUCUUCAAUGAUUUCACUGUGACUCCAGUACCUGGAUCUGAAGCAGUGUGGUUCAGCCUGGAUUGGAAGCUGCCAUGUGUGCUGUUCUUCACUAACAGGAAUCUACCCUCAGAGCUGGUGCCUCCACCUCUCAACCCAUUGACAGCAGAUGUCUUUAGGGAAGAUGAAAGUCUGGCCAGAGGCUGUGGUCAACGCAUGAUCACAUUCACACCACUUGGUACUAAUGAAAUGCUGGGAAGAGGAGACAUUGUUGCAAUGGAUGCUGAGUUUGUGACACUGAACCAGGAAGAAUCUGAACUACGAAGUGAUGGGAAGAUGUCCACUAUCAAACCUUCCCAAAUGUCAGUGGCAAGAAUAACUUGUAUACGAGGGCAAGGACCUCUGGAAGGAACACCAUUUAUUGAUGACUAUAUUUCCACUCAAGAGCAGGUGGUGGACUAUUUGACAAAAUUUUCUGGCAUUAAACCAGGAGAUCUUGAUGCUAACUUUAGCUCAAAACAUUUGACAACUCUGAAAUCUACAUACCAGAAACUAAGAUUUCUUGUAGACAUUGGAGUGAAGUUUGUUGGUCAUGGUCUAAAAAAUGAUUUCAGGGUGAUCAACCUAGUAGUGCCUGCUGAGCAGAUUAUAGACACAGUGUCAUUGUUCCAUCUGCCACACCACAGGAUGGUUUCUCUGAGAUUCCUUGCAUGGCACUUUUUAGGCAUAAACAUCCAGUCGGAGACACAUGAUUCAGUGGAGGAUGCACGCACAGCUCUUCAUUUGUACCAACACUACUGCCAUCUAGAAGCAAAGGGUGCAAGUGCUGUACGUGCAGCACUAGAGGAACUGUACAAUGCUGGCAACCGCCUGCACUGGCAAGUUCCUUGUGGACUGAAUGACAGCAAUAGUAGUGGAGUCAGUGUGACCAGUCAUGGCUGAGAGCAGUUCCUCCAUACUUCAAAAACUGGCAUUGUUGUGAUGCACACAGGGUGAAAAGCAAUCUGUGAAAGUGCACUGCCAAUUGUGUAUAAACUGCUGUCGAUUAAUAUAGAUUUAUUUUUGAGAGUUUUAAAGGGUAAUAAGUUAAGAAUCUUUUUGUGAAGUGGAUCACUUAGUGAGAAAACCAUACUGUUGUAUGUAUAUCUCCUUAAAUUAAGAAAUUGUCAAGAAUUACUGUAACAUUGUUUUUAAUGUAAACUUUACUUUCAGGGAUUUAUGAACAUAUUUUAUUUGCAUGUGUUGGGAUUUUAAACACAAUUGUCCAUUUUACCUGCUGGAAGAGUAUAUAAAUAAGUUAAGCAUAUUUUAUUAUGUUUUUAAUUAACUUUUAUUUUUAAAUCAGUUAUUAGCAUGAUAAAGUGGUGUUAUACCUGUAUGUUAGCGGAACAGCACGAUAUCAGAAUGAAAGAAUGUAUGUGUCAUUUUAUAUUACUCGUUGUAACUAUGUACUUACUAUGAAAUUUUAAUGCAAACAUUUUCUAUUUGUAUGUUACCUAAGAUAUUUUACAUUAUUUUUAUACUAUUUUAUUUGAAGCAGAUUAGUGAUCACACAUCUGAUUUUUGUGGCGCAUUUUAAGGUUGUUGAGCAGUACACACCUGAUAGGUAUUAAUUGCUUUACAACUGGUACUUUUGUUACAUACUCAACACUGUGAUUUUUCUUUCCAUCUGUUAACAUUAAUUGUUAUUACUUACUUUGGAAGAAUGACUCAUGGAAUGGAUGCUCCAGUUGAGUGGAUAUUUAUUUUAACUUUGUACAGAGUCAGUAUUAUCUGGUAUCCAAGCUGUUCCUAAAGAUAUAUUUUCUUGAGAAACAUAAUUUUGUAAUGUUCUCUGGGUACAACAAAGUUCAAAGAUACAAAUUUUUUAUCAAACAUGCAAAUAUUUUGAAUACUCAGUAGCUACUGCCAGGUUGGUGAUGGUAGAGUAAAGCAUUUAAUAUGAUCCUGUGAUAUGGUACAUAUAACUGAUGCAUUUAUUGUAGUGUAAAUUUGCUCAAGUCUUGUUUAAAAUUGUGUUUCUUAAAUGAGAUUCAUAUCCUUCCUUAUGAUCACCUCUCUGUGCAGUCUCAAUAAAUUAUUUUUUUAUUAUCUG